AUAAGAGAGAGAAAUAGUAAGAGGAAAGAAACAAGUCACUCAGACUCACCUUUUUUUCUUUUUUAUCAAUUUGUCUGCUAGUGGAUUGGUGCGAAUGUUGGAAGCAUGGAAGCAAAUCAAAGGCCGAGAAUGGCGGCAACCCAUAACACAAUCAUAAAUCUCUCCAUUCCAACACCUGUCUUCUUUACAUGCCUCAAGCCUAGCCUUUGUUGCUGUACUACUAUACUACUAUAUAUUACCAUAUCAUAUGCAUUAUCAUUUCAUUACCCCUACUCCUAUUUAGAAACAGCACUAUCUUCCUUACCUGAAAAAGUUAAUUUUGGUGGUUGAUUCUUUUUACUAUUGGCAUAAUAUAACAAGUAAAAGUAAGUAACAUUACAACAAACAAAGUUGUUUUCUUUUUUCACCAAAGUGUGCUUGGUUUCAUUUUAAUUAGUUAUGGGUGAGUUUCGCGUUCAAGACAAGGAACCUAAAAAAAAAACCAACAUUGUUGUUGGGUCGGUGCAGAGUUUUGAAGGUUUCUCUAAUAAUCAUCACCACCGUUCAUUUUUUCAUAAUCAUGAUUCUUCUUCUGCUUCUGCUGCUGAUGCUGAUGGUUAUGGUCCCACAACAUACAACAUGUCUUUUGGGGGUGAUUCUUCUGCUCUAGGUGCUAAUGCUAUCAUUGAUAAUGGUGGUGUAUCCUUAAAUUUUCAACCUUUUCACAACAUUUCUGCCUCCAACACAACCCUCAAAGCAGGUGGAAUGGCGGCUUCAAUAGGAAUAGGGUAUCCUCCUUUCACAAGUGCUCAAUGGAGAGAGCUUGAAAGACAAGCUAUGAUUUACAAGUACUUGAUGGCUUCACUUCCUGUUCCUUCUCAUCUUCUUUCAUCAGUGGAUGGUGGUUUCAAUUUGAGGCUAUCAAAUAGGAACAAUACUGAUCCAGAGGCUGGUAGGUGCAAAAGAACAGAUGGUAAAAAAUGGAGAUGUUCUAAAGAUGUAGCUCUUAAUAACAGGUAUUGUGAAAGGCAUAUGCAUAGAGGUCGUCCCCGUUCAAGAAAGCCUGUGGAACUUCACACAAAUAACAAUAGCAAUAGUCAUCAUCAAAUCAAAAAGGCUCGUUGUGAUUCUAACCCUUUUUCUGUGCCUGAUUUUACUGUGGCUGUUCCUAAUCCAACUACAAGAAAAUAUGGAUCUUCAUCACAUUUUCUUGCUUCUACUCCCCUUCAUCCUUAUCUCCAAUCUUCCCUUUCUUUGCAUAAUAGCAGCUUUGAGGGUUCAAAUAAGCAACCAAGGGGCUUGGAGUGGAUGCUGAAUGGAGAUCCAAUUUCCCUUGGUGCUUCUAAUUCAGGAUGGAACCCUCUGAUGCAUAACAACAAACUUGGAAUGACCAAUGAAAGUUCUUAUCAUAAUAACACUGAAUCUCAGUAUCUGAAUUCAUUUCCACUAUAUAACAGUUCUGAACUAGCUCAACAUGAAAAACCCUUUCCUCUCUUACUUAAUCCCCUUGUUGUUCCAAUGCAAACUCUCCAAUCUGAGAAACCAAGAGGUUUUAGUUUCAUUGAUGCUUGGUCUAAUACAGAGACAGUGGAAAACAAUGCCAACACCACCACCACCUCCAACAAUGGUUCUGCAUCAGUUGGUAAAUUAUCCCUUUCAUCACUUGAUCUAUCAAUGGGAGGUAGUGCCGUGAGUGAAGAAAUGAGUACUAUUGAAAUGAAUGCUGCGGGUGACGAUGAUAGUACUAAAAUAGCAUUAUCAAAUUGGCUCAAUUCAGCACAACCUUGGUUAGGUUCAACACCUGGUGGUCCACUAGCUGAAGUUCUAAGGCCAAGCAAUGUUACUUCCAUCAGUGAUGCAACAAAUUCUAAUCCAUCUUCACCUCUCACAACAACAAAUCGUGUCGAAUCCAUUGGCACUUCAGGAACAGGAAUGGUAUCCUCUCCAUCUGGUGUUUUGCAUAAUAAAACACUUGCUUCAUUUUCUGAUAGUAGUGGUAAUAGCAGUCCAAAUGUUGCAUCAUCAAGAGCUAAUUCUGAAAUUGCCUUACUCAAUAAGUUUAAUCAUAUUUCAUAUGUAAAUUAAUUAAUUAGCACCUUCUGAUUUUAAGUUUCAUUUAACCUAAGAUUAUUGUUCUAUUCUGUAAUGUAAUCUUAUUGUGCUUGCAUAUUUAUCAAAAUUCAACUAUGCAUUAUAGCCUAUUGUUCA